AAACCUGUAUCAUUCUCAAUGUAGAUUCUGACAAAUCUUUAGCAAAGACAACCAAAAUGUGUCGAGUGUGAAUUGUUGGCCGACGAUGACGCGUGAUCGUUUUUAGCCGCUGUCUUUAUUGUAACGCCGACUGCGAUGCACGGUGUCAUUAAGUAACCAGAACACGAACGCUGUCGUUUGCAGUGUGGGAUCUGAAGUAAUUUAGCGUUGCUUAUGAAGCAAAUGUACCAGAAAUCCACCGGCAUCACAACCGUAGGAUUUAAUCGACGCGUCAAUGUAAAUUUGAGAAUUUAUAAGGUAAAAUUUGGACUGAGGGGGGACCCUAUCGCACAUAGACUGAAACGUCAUCAACAUUUUCCUGUAUUUAAAUGGUUGAGAGAGAGGAGGUCAUUGCUGAAAUAAGGAAGAACGCCGGGUAUUAAGAGAAACUGAGGGAAUUACACACAAGUGAAGAUUUACACGAUUAAGCUACAUAAAUGGGGGAUUACGGCUUUCUGGUUAAAAACAACGCUGCAAACAAAUCAGUUUUUCCGGUAAGAGUUCAUCCACACCUGCAGCAUACGGUCCACCACCAGAACGCUCCUCCAAGCCCUCCAGCUUUCAUCAGCAACAACAACACUACCAAUGGUGGAAGUGUUGGGUCUGCUUGGCUUUUCCCAGCUGUGACGACCCACUCUAACAUGCAAGAUGAUAUUUUGGAGUCUGAGACGUCCAAGGCUUCACAGCCGCAACUGGAGAGUCAGGAAGGACAAGACAAGCAGACACUCUCUCCACCGGGUCACCAAGAAGCACCAGGAAUCAUAUCGGAUUUGGACAACACCAUGCCAGAGGAGAAUCAGUUGGAGAAAGGGACCAUGGAGAAUGCUAACGGAAAAGAGGCACUGCGGCUCGAAUCUCCAGUGUUAUCAGGCUUUGACUAUCAGGAGACGUCUGGUAUUGGUACUUUAGCACAGUCCAGUAGCUCUUCUUCAUCGUCCCUUACUGGCUUCAGCAGCUGGUCCACUGCUAUACCCCCUAACCCUUCUACCUUGAUUGAAGAGGUUGGCUUUUUCAAUCAGGCUGCUACUACUAACAAUGCUCCUCCUCCGCUGCUAUUUCAAAGUUUCUCUCAUCACACCAAUACAGGAUUCGGGGGGAAUUUCUCUCACCAGAUAGGGCCUCUAUCUCAGCACCAUCCAUCUCAUCAUCCCCAUUUCCAACACCCUCAUAAUCAGCACCGCAGGUCCUCACCGAGCCCCCAUCCGCCUCCCUUUUCCCACCGCAGUGCUGCUUUCAACCAGCUGCCCCAUUUGGGAAAUAACUUGAGUAAGCCUCCAUCACCUUGGGGAAGCUAUCAGAGCCCCUCUUCCACCCCGUCUUCAACUUCGUGGAGCCCAGGUGGAGGGUAUGGAGGCUGGGGGAGCUCUCAGGGACGGGAGUAUAGAAGAGGGCUGAAUGGAGGGGUCAAUCCCCUCAACUCGAUUUCGCCUUUAAAGAAGUCUUUCCCAAAUAACCAGACACCAACGCAAAAGUAUCCCCGCAACAAUUCCGGCUUCAACACUAAACCUUGGAUGGAGGAUACCAUAAAUCGCAAUGAUAGCAUCUUUCCAUUUCAGGAGCGCAGUCGGUCCUUUGAUGGUUUCAGCAUGCACUCUCUAGAGAACUCUCUGAUCGACAUCAUGAGAGCCGAGCAGGAUUCUUUGAAAGCAAGGAAUUACGGGAGGCGACGAGGUCACUCAUCGUUGUUUCCCAUGGAGGAUGAGCGGAGUUACGGAGAGGAUGAGCGGUCUGAUCAGAGUCUGAGUGGACUGGGCUCACCACACGGUUUCCCUCACCAGAACGGUGAACGCAUUGAGCGAUAUUCUCGUAAGGUCUUUGUCGGUGGUCUACCUCCAGACAUAGACGAAGAUGAGAUCACCGCCAGUUUCCGACGCUUUGGACAUUUGUUUGUGGACUGGCCUCACAAAGCAGAAAGCAAAUCUUAUUUUCCACCGAAAGGUUAUGCAUUCCUCCUGUUUCAAGACGAGAGCUCAGUCCAGGCACUGAUUGACGCCUGUAUGGAAGAGGACGGGAAGCUCUAUCUCUGUGUCUCUAGCCCUACAAUCAAAGACAAACCAGUCCAGAUACGACCCUGGAAUUUGAACGACAGUGACUUUGUGAUGGAUGGCUCUCAGCCCCUUGACCCCAGGAAAACUAUCUUUGUUGGGGGAGUUCCACGACCUCUACGAGCUGUGGAGCUCGCAAUGAUUAUGGACAGACUGUACGGCGGGGUGUGUUAUGCUGGCAUUGACACUGACCCUGAGCUGAAGUAUCCCAAAGGGGCUGGACGGGUGGCCUUCUCCAAUCAACAGAGCUACAUUGCUGCUAUCAGCGCUCGCUUUGUGCAACUGCAACAUGGAGAGAUCGAUAAACGGGUGGAAGUGAAGCCAUAUGUACUGGAUGACCAGCUGUGCGAUGAGUGUCAGGGCACGCGUUGUGGGGGCAAGUUUGCUCCGUUCUUCUGUGCUAAUGUCACUUGUCUUCAGUACUACUGUGAAUACUGCUGGGCAGCCAUUCACUCGCGUGCCGGACGGGAGUUUCACAAGCCUUUAGUGAAGGAGGGAGGAGACCGGCCUCGCCACAUCUCCUUCCGCUGGAACUGAUCUGGGAGGCCAAGGCUGUGCUAUUCGUAUACAUGCACUUUUCAUUUUGCUAAGUCCUUUUAUUUAGAGUUCUUUUUUUAAGUCUAAAAUUGUAUUUAUUCUUAAGUUUUUAAUUUUUUUUUUUUUUUGCAGAAGAGAAUGCUAAAAGAAAAUGGUGUAAUCCUGAUUUUUGUUGAAAAGCUACAUUGGUGCGCAUGAAGACUUGAAUGCAUUAGAUUUAAAAAAAAAAAUAUAGAUGUUUAGCCUGACUUGAAUUACUGUUCUAUCUUUAUUCUCUUGGAGCGUCAUCUUCUGUUUGUGAUGGGUCAUAUUUUCACUUGAAUUUGUUGAAGGCUAUCCACAAAGAGGCUGGAAAUGUAAGGGUUCAAGCCUCAUUUAUAUGACUUUAAUGUUGAGAUUUGCUAUUUCACUGACUAAUCUUAAAUGGUUGCAUGACAAAUGUGGAAUCAUAGUUACUCCUUUCAACAAAACACACAGUAACAACUAACAAGAGACUGCAACCUGUUGGAUUGGAUUAUAUGGACUGGUUCUAACGUGUAAGGCAAAUCUUUGUGAUUUAGCCAAAAAAAAAAAAAAAAAAGGAUGUAGUUAUUAAAAUCCUUUUAGAGGUUCUAAUCCUAACAAUGCUCAAAACACUGAAAUAUUCAGGAUACAAAUCCUGAAGCAUUCUGUAAAGAUUACUAUUAAACUACAUCCAAUUUACCUAUUACUUAAUCGAGCAUAAGACUUAAGGACAACAACUCACAACAGCAGAGAGGCAGUUGUGCUUGAUACACAAGUUUUUUUGGUCGGGCAAACCAAAGAUGAGCCUUAGAGAUGUCCUACUGUUUAUGAUACAUUUGAAUAUCUAAUAUAUAUAUAAAGCUUAAAAUGAUAGAAAGCUUAAAAACACAAUUGGUUUUGAUGGGUUUAAAAAAAAAAAAAACUGAAUUCUAUUCACUAGUAUGUAUGAUUCUUGUAAUGGUUAUAGCAGUAACUUUGGCUCAUUUGUCAGGGAUUUUGUGCUAAAAGCUAACUCAAUGUUGUAUUUGCUAAUGAGGAAGUACCAUGUGUUGCAUUGAUAGUGUUUUACUGCAUGGGUUUUGCCAUGGGUUAAUCGGUGUUCUAACUGAGCAUUGCAGUAGCUGAGCACAUUUCAAAGAAUUUGAAAAACAAAUAUUAUUUUUUACAUGGUCUGCUGAUUUUUGUACUGUGUUUUAUAGCUAAUUAUUUUGUCAUGGACGUAAAACCAUUAUGCACUACUUUUCUAAAUAUUGUUUUUCAAGUCACUUUUUUCCACAAAUGGAAAGUCCUUUUGUGAUACUUUUUUUUUUUUUUUUCACUUGUUGAAUAUAGAUUUUGUACCUUUUGUUACUAAGAGAUCUGGUUAAAAUGCAAGCAUACCUUAAGGAAAAGAAAAAAGAUAAUAUAAUUUUGUUUAGGUUUUUAUGUAUUUACGUUCUCAAAUCCCUAGAUUGUCGCAUAUAUAUAUAUAUAUAUAUUUAGGUGACUGUAUUGUUGAAGCUAAUAUCUAAUAUUUGCAAAAUGCAAAAGUGUUAUUUUCUAUCUUAAUGGACAAAGUAAAUCUAGCAUGACACAAAUUCCUUAAAAUGUGUGGUACAUGUAGAAAUAUAUACCUAUCCAGUACCUACCCUCUAUCAGUUAUGAGAAUGAUGAUACCUCCCUCAUUAUUGGCUGUAGAAAAUAAAAUAAUUAACAAUGUAAAUUAGAGUAACGUUAGGAUGCACCUUGUAUCACAAUGAUGAAUGUUCCAUAUUGAAAUAUCAAUGUUUACUGUUAUGUAUAAUUCUGAGAGGCAACAAGGUUAAUUUCUUCAUUAGGUACGCAUGAGCUAAAUUAAUAAGGUUUAAUUAUUUUCACUUGCUUUAACAGUAGUUUUGUUUCAACCCUUUUUCAACAUUUUGAGUUAUGUACCUUACCCAUGCACGAACCGUGCAUACCCCACUUUACUGUGUUUACUAGUUGACAAAAAGAAGAGGAUGAUUUAGUCAUAUAUUGAUUCAGGGUUUACUUGAAUACACUUUCAAAAUAUUGACAGUGAGAUCUGUGCAAUACUUCUUUCCCAGAGACCUAAUAUAACCACGUAUGUGCAAAUCCAUUACUUUCAACAUGUCUCACCUCACAAACUCUCCUUCAGCCAUUAUAACCUUUAUACAGUAAAAAAAAAAAAUAAAAAAUACCACUGGAAUUAUAGGUGUUUUUACUUUUAUGUAUUCACAUAUUUUCCUACUUGAGUUCAUGCUACUGUGAUUACAAUGUAAAUAUUAAGUGAAUAAUGUUUCAACCAUUUACUGAUAUAUUUUUAAUUGGAAUGUAAUAAUUGUCAUUUUGAUUAUAGUUUUUGAUCAGUACACUUAUUAGAUUUUCUAGUUUUAAUAAUCACUAUAUUGUGCUUCAUGUCUACAGAAGGAUAAGAAAAAAAAAUAUCAGAAAAUUCUCUAUGUAACUGCUUAUUUAAAUUGACAUAGUUUAUAACUGUAUGGGAAGGUGUAUUUAUCAAUAGAUUUUUAUAAGAGGAACAAUUUUUUUGCUAUGUCAUUUAAAAGUUUUAAUUUUUAUAUUUUACAUCCAUAUGGAGUUUAUGUAAAGAAAAAUAUCAUUUAGUCAUACAUGUGCUUUGGUAGUCGAGUCUUGAUUAUUUGCGGUUAAAUAUUUAUAACAGAAUGCUUCAAGUAUUUGUAAUGUGAAAUGUUGAAUGAAUAAACUUGAUUGCAGGAAA